UAGGCGCGUUGGGCAAGCUGGCGGCGCUCGGGAGUGGAGACGUUGCUGUCGCUGUUAGUGACCCUGUGGCGCGUCUCUGUGGGACCGAAAACUUAAAGAUAGCCAGAAUGGCAGAAAAUGGUGAUAAUGAAAAAAUGGCUGCUCUGGAGGCCAAAAUCUGUCAUCAAAUCGAGUAUUAUUUUGGUGACUUCAAUUUGCCACGCGACAAAUUUUUAAAGGAACAGAUCAAACUGGAUGAAGGCUGGGUACCUUUGGAGAUAAUGAUAAAAUUUAAUAGGUUAAACCGUCUAACAACAGACUUUAAUGUAAUAGUAGAAGCAUUGAGCAAAUCAAAGGCGGAACUCAUGGAAAUAAGUGAAGAUAAAACUAAAAUUAGAAGAUCUCCAAGCAAACCCCUCCCUGAAGUGACUGAUGAGUAUAAAAAUGAUGUAAAAAACAGAUCUGUUUAUAUUAAAGGCUUCCCAAUUGAUGCAACCCUUGAUGACAUAAAAGAAUGGUUGGAAGAUAAAGGUCAGGUACUAAAUAUUCAGAUGAGAAGAACAUUGCACAAAGCAUUUAAGGGAUCAAUAUUUGCUGUAUUUGAUACCAUUGAAUCUGCUAAGAAGUUUGUCGAGACCCCUGGCCAGAAGUACAAAGACACAGACCUGCUAAUACUUUUCAAGGAAGAUUACUUUGCAAAAAAAAAUGAAGAAAGAAAGCAAAAUAAAAUCGAAGCUAAAUUACGAGCUAAACAAGAGCAAGAAGAAAAACAAAAGUUAGCAGAAAAUGCUGAAAUGAAAUCUCUAGAAGAAAAGAUUGGCUGCUUGCUGAAAUUCUCGGGGGACUUAGAUGAUCAGACGUGUAGAGAAGAUUUGCAUAUCCUUUUCUCAAAUCAUGGUGAAAUAAAAUGGAUAGACUUUGUCAGAGGAGCCAAAGAGGGAAUAAUUCUGUUUAAAGAAAAAGCUAAGGAAGCACUGGAUAAAGCAAAAGACGCAAAUAAUGGUAACCUACAAUUAAGGAACAAAGAGGUCACCUGGGAAGUACUAGAAGGAGAUGUGGAAAAAGAAGCAUUGAAAAAAAUAAUAGAAGAUCAACAAGAAUCCCUAAACAAAUGGAAGUCAAAAGGUCGCAGAUUUAAAGGAAAAGGAAAGGGAAAUAAAGCCGCCCAGAUUGGGUCUGCUAAAGGAAAAGUACAGUUUCAGGGCAAGAAAACUAAAUUUGAUAGAGAUGAUGAACAUGAUGAAAAUGGUGCAUCUAGACCAGUAAAAAGAGCAAGAGAAGAAACAGACAAAGAAGAACCUGCAUCAAAACAACAGAAAACAGAAAAUGGUGCCGGAGACCAGUAAUUUAGUAAACAUUUUUUAUUCAUUUUAAUUAGAUUUUAAGCUGCUUUUGUCUUUGGAGGCUUUUAAAAAGAAAACCGAAUUAGGUCCACUUCAAUGUCCACCUGUAAGAAAGGAAAAUUUUUUUGUUGUUUAACUUGUCUUUUUUUGUUGUUAUUGUUAUCAAAAUGAGUAUUUUUUUAUGUAUAGUUCUGUUUGUGUUCUUUCAGAUUAUUCAAAUAUCAAAAGAAACAUUCUUCCACUAAAUUGCCUUUGUAAUAUGAGACUGUAUUAGUACAAAGUAAUAAAAUGUA